AUGACCUCAACUGUGAAAUGGCUGCAGAGGCUCUUCAGCAGGUGCCCCAACCUUGACAGGUUCAGGAGAUCCUUCACAAAGCCAGGAAUCAAAUUUCCGAUCUCGCUCCCAACAUCAGGUUGGAAGAUCAUCCGCUCUGAAAUAGUUGAGGAAGAGCACAUGGAAGCCUUUGCCGAUGGGCAUUAUUUCCCCGUUGCGCUGGGCGACAUUCUCCCCUCGCGGCUUCAGAUUGUCGGGAAACUGGGAUGGGGGGUCACCUCGACCGUUUGGCUGGUUCGAGAUCUCAAGGCAGAGGAUUAUAUGGUCUUGAAGAUAUUCGCCCGUGAUGUCGAUGGCAGGAAGGAAUCUGUAGUCUAUGAUCUGCUUGCUGACACCAACCGGCAGCACCUUGGAUCGGACCUUGUGAGAACCAAGAUAGCUGCUGUGACCAUUCCUCGACCUGAUGGCGAAGACCAUUUCGCGCUUCUGCAAGCACCCCUCUGGGAGACCUUACGAGAUCUUCAAGAGCGCAUGGUGGACCAGCGCCUUGACCAGUCAACUCUUAAGUUGGUGUUAUACCAAGUGCUGUUGGCACUGGACUAUUUACACACCGAAUGCAAGCUUAUCCAUACAGAUAUCAAGGGCGAUAACAUCUUUCUAGAGCUGGAAGAUAAAUCGAUGCUGGAUAGAUACGUUCAAGCCGAGAUCGAGAACCCUUCACCGCGAAAGAUCAUCGAUGGGAAGACCGUUUAUCGAUCUCGGCUACUUGAACCAGCGUCCAAUCUGCGUGGAAUUGAGCUCGGGGACUUUGGAUCUGCCGUCCCAGGCGACAUUCCGCGCAAUGGUGAAUUCAUCCAGCCCAGUAUCUAUCGAGCACCGGAGGUGAUGCUGGAAAAAGCAUGGAAUUAUCCGGUCGAUAUCUGGAACUUGGCGGUUUGGGCCUGGAAUGACUUCCAGGGAGAGCCCUUGUUCAAAGUUAUAGAACCCGAGUCAGGCAAUGAGCUCUACUCAACCGAUGCACAUCUUGCCCAAAUCACUGGCUUGCUGGGCUCCCCACCUUCUGAUUUUGUGGAGCCUGACACAAUAAGUACUGAUUACUUUGAUCAAGAUGGCAAUUGGAUACACGAGAGCUGCAAGGUGCAGAAAGUCGCCCUGGAAGAUGUAGAAAAUCGUCUGGAAGGGGAAGAAAAGGAGAUGUUUUUGGAUCUUAUGAAGGGAAUGCUUCAAUGGCGACCAGAAGAUCGAAAGACUGCCAGGGAGUUACUUGAACAUCCCUGGCUUCAAGGUGUCUGUUGGCCACCAGGUUGCUAUAAGCCAGCUACAUAG